GCCUGGGUUGCGGAAGUGGUAGCCACUGACCGAGCCUGCUGCUUUCUCGCUACUGCUUCGGCUUCCCGGCUCCCCCCCAGACGGAGAGGGCGGCCCGGCUGUGGAUGGUCAGAUAGCUCCGAUCUCCCGCGGUUAAUCCCUGGCCCCAAUCAGCACGGAGCAGACGGCGGCAGCGGCAGUAGCAGGCGAGGAGGAAGAUGGCGAGACGGCUGCCGGCCUGUGUGGUGGACUGUGGCACGGGGUAUACAAAACUAGGAUAUGCUGGAAACACAGAACCACAGUUUAUCAUUCCUUCCUGUAUUGCUAUUAAGGAGUCUGCAAAAGUGGGUGAUCAAGCUCAAAGGAGGGUGAUGAAAGGUGUCGAUGACCUAGACUUCUUUAUUGGUGAUGAAGCAAUAGAAAAACCUACGUAUGCAACAAAGUGGCCAAUUCGCCAUGGUACAGUUGAAGAUUGGGACUUGAUGGAAAGGUUUAUGGAACAAGUGAUUCUUAAAUAUUUAAGGGCAGAACCAGAAGACCAUUAUUUUCUUUUGACUGAACCUCCACUGAAUACUCCAGAAAACAGGGAAUAUACUGCUGAAAUAAUGUUUGAGUCCUUCAAUGUGCCAGGCUUGUACAUUGCUGUGCAGGCUCUUCUUGCCUUCGCUGCAUCUUGGACCUCAAGACAAGUAGGAGAACGGACAUUGACCGGUACAGUAAUAGACAGUGGAGAUGGUGUCACCCAUGUCAUUCCUGUGGCUGAAGGGUAUGUGAUUGGCAGCUGUAUUAAGCACAUUCCAAUCGCAGGACGAGAUAUAACAUAUUUUAUUCAGCAGUUGCUGAGAGACCGAGAAGUAGGAAUCCCUCCAGAGCAAUCCUUGGAAACCGCUAAGGCAGUAAAGGAGCGCUAUAGUUACGUCUGCCCAGAUUUAGUAAAAGAAUUUAACAAGUAUGACACAGAUGGAUCAAAGUGGAUUAAGCAAUAUACUGGAAUCAAUGCUAUCUCACAGAAAGAAUUUUCUAUUGAUGUUGGUUAUGAGAGAUUCUUGGGACCUGAAAUCUUUUUUCAUCCAGAGUUUGCUAAUCCAGACUUUACUCAACCUAUCUCAGAAGUUGUAGAUGAAGUAAUUCAGAAUUGCCCUAUUGAUGUCAGACGUCCUCUCUACAAGAAUAUUGUCCUCUCUGGAGGUUCAACCAUGUUCAGGGACUUUGGACGUUGCUUGCAAAGAGAUUUGAAAAGAACUGUAGAUGCCAGGCUGAAAUUAAGUGAGGAAUUGAGUGGUGGCAGAUUGAAGCCAAAACCUAUUGAUGUACAAGUCAUUGCACACCACAUGCAGCGAUAUGCAGUUUGGUUUGGAGGAUCCAUGCUGGCUUCCACGCCCGAGUUCUACGAAGUAUGCCACACCAAAAAAGAUUAUGAAGAAAUUGGACCUAACAUUUGUCGUCACAAUCCAGUGUUUGGAGUCAUGUCGUAAAAUUGAUUUCAUAAUUAUUGGGGUUAGGGAGGUGGGGAAGAAAUAAUCUUUCUGAUUACUUGUUUUGUCUGGAUGGCUGGUCUUGUGGUUUUAAACCUGACUUGAAGUAAGAAGACCAAACAUAAUUAUACAGGAAUAUUUUAAUAACUAUAUCAACAUGAGAAUGUAGAGGAGAGCCAAAAUGAUUAAGUGUUUUUCUUUAGACUGGAUAUUUGAAUCUUACGUGUAACAAAAAGAAGUGGGUUUUAGUUCUUUCUGUGCCCUGAUAUUUUGUAUAUUAUUGAAUUAUCCAAGAUUUGAAGGGAUUUAUCGGUAUGUAGAUAGCUCUAUGAUGCUUGAGUUGUACACUUCUAAGUGUGCAAUGCAAGAGCUUGUUUAUAUUUCAUACUUUUUAUACUUUGAGGAAAAAAGUCAAAGAAAAACUAGUAUUUGAGGAAAAACAAGUGACCAAGUAAAGGAUAAAUUAAAAAAAAAAAAAAGCUAGACUCUUAACAGAC